AUGCCCAGUGGAUUUAGUCUGAGAGUCACAUUUCUUACUUGGACCAGUGUAGACAGAAGUGAACUCAGCUCACUUGUUUCCUGGGACAGCUGAGUUAGGGAAUGGCUUUUGCAGAGACUUCACCACUGACCCCUCUCCGCCGGGACCUCUGUAGCCGGUCUAUCUGGCUAGCAAGGAAGAUUCGUUCAGACCUGACUGCCCUUCUGGAGUCUUACAUGAGGCAUCAAGGCCUGAAUGAGAACAUGAACUUGGAUUCCGUGGAUGGUGUGCCCACGGCAAGCACCGAUCGGUGGAGUGAGCUGACCGAGGCAGAGCGACUUCAGGAGAACCUCCAAGCCUAUCGCACUUUCCACGUCAUGUUGGCCAAGCUUUUAGAAGACCAAGAGGUACACUUGAGCCCCACCGAAGGGGACUUCCAUCAAGCAUUACGUGCCCUUCUGCUCCAAGUUUCUGCCUUUGCUUAUCAGUUGGAAGAAUUAAUGGUGCUCCUGGAACACAAGAUUCCCUCCAGUGAUCCUGAUGAGGUGCCUGUAGUGGAAAAUGGUGGUCUCUUCGAGAAAAAGCUCUGGGGCCUCAAAGUGCUACAAGAGCUUUCACAUUGGGCAGUGAGAUCCAUUCAUGACCUCCGAGUCGUCUCUUCUCAAACUGGGAUCCCAGUACAUGGAAGCCAUUAUUUUCCUAUUGACAAAAAAAUGUAGCAGUUUCCCUCUCUUCGCCCUUUUUAAUGAAAUAUAUGUGCUCUCUGAAGGCUGGAAUGGAAUGGAAUGGAAUAUAUACGUUCUCUGAGGCCUCACUUUCACAGCUGUUGAAAACUUAAAACUGGUAUUUUCAUCACAUAAGAUUGAAAACACGAAAGUGUGUGUGUG